AUGUCAGGUAGUAAACAUAUACUCCGUAAUGCCCGCCCAACUCGUCUCGAAAUUCCUUCCAAUUCCCAUACCCCUUCUUCCUCAGCUCCUUCAUCCCUUUCACCACUUAUCGUCCCUGCUCAAAAUUCUUCGAGUAGUUCUAGUGCGACGCAACAGCAACAGCGCUUGACUACUGAACUUAUCACGGCUAUGGGAAAACCAAACCAUCAGCCACCAGCUGAAGAAAACGGAAGUCUUUUUCAAAACGAAACCAUUAAAAGCGUAUCCGUUCCAGACGGUGAGGAUUCAGUGGAAAUAAAUCCUGAACACUUUAUAGAGCUGGUUAGAUUGGGUGAGGGCGCCGGUGGUACAGUGACUAAAGUAAAACAUAUUGGAGACGGACGCAUAAUGGCAAAAAAGAAAAUUAAUGUUGACCCAGAGCCAAAUAUACAUAGGCAAAUUCUUCGUGAACUUCAAUUUCUUCGAACAUGUCAUUCACCAAAUAUCGUGGCAUAUUUUGGAGCUUCAUUAGAAGAUAGCAAUUCAUCGAUCGCGAUUUACAUGGAAUAUUGUGAGGGUGGUAGUUUAGAUGCCAUUUACAAAAAUGUGAGCAAAAGAGAAGGAAGGAUCGGAGAAGUAAUUCUUGGGAAAAUUGGCGAAUCAGUUCUUAAAGGAUUGGUAUACCUCUAUAGCAAACAAAUCAUUCAUAGAGAUAUAAAACCGUCGAAUAUCUUAGUGACCAGGAGGGGAGAAAUAAAAAUUUGCGAUUUUGGAGUCUCUGGUAAACUAGUCGCAUCAAUGGCAGAAACUUUUUUGGGGACUAGUUAUUAUAUGGCCCCUGAACGAAUUCGAGGUUUGCCAUAUAAGGUAUCUGCUGACGUAUGGUCUUUGGGAUUAACGAUAAUGGAAGUUGCAGAAAAUAAAUUUCCGUUUCCUUCUGUAUUGUCCCCGAUCGAAUUAAUUACGCAUAUUGCGAACAUGCCUGCUCCCACACUUAGUGCAGAGUGUGAAUGGAGUGAAGAACUUAAAGAUUUCUUAAAAAUUUGUUUGGAAAAGAAUGGAGAGUUACGCCCUACACCUAAACAAAUGCUUGAUCAUCCAUUUAUCCAAUUGUCAUUACAAAGACGUGUGAAUUUGAAGUUAUGGAUUAAACAGGUUUGGGAAUGGGAUGAAUGA